AUGGAUAUUUUCCAGCUUCUUACGCGCUCAACCAAAAUAGCCAAGAAAUCCUCGAAUCAAGCUACCCCUUCCGCUACUUUUCCAUCUUCUGGUGUAUCCGGUUGUCCACAAAUUUACCACGACCAAUCCCAAGAGUCUCGGGGGAAAAAGAGAAGGCAUGAUGAUCACAAUGAAUUUUCAGACGACGAAGAAGUAAACUUCUUUGCUACUAAGAGUACUCUACCAAGGCCCCAAGAAGUAGUCACGAGUGACACGGAGGAAAAACAAUAUCAAUCAUUGAAUGAAGAUGAAUGUCGGAAAAUUCUUCAAUCUCAUCGCAUAAAAGUUAGUCUACUUGGAUCGGAAGAGCCACAGAACAAGAAGUCUAAAGUUUCAGGGAAGAUAAAAAAAUCGAAGUUAGAUAAUGAGAAUAAGAAUAAGAAGAUUAAACAAAUUUAUCCACAGCCCCUUAUUUCUUUCAGCGAUCUACGCAAUUUAUUCGGUAUAUCUAAACGCAUGGCUGAAAAUUUGGCAAGCAGGGGAUAUAAAAUUCCAACUGAGGUGCAAAUGGUUAGCUUGCCACUUCUUCUUCGUCCUAAGAUAGCUUUAGAAGGCGUCCGCGAUUGUCCUGGAAAACGAGGCGUGGAUACACUAACUAUAGCUCCUACUGGGAGUGGAAAAACCUUGGCUUUUCUGAUCCCUAUAGUAGAUCAAAUUGUACAGCGAAGAAGAAAGAGUGAGAAUAAGUCAGAUCACCGUCUCGAAGCGGUAAUUAUGGCACCAACGAAAGAGCUGGCCGACCAGAUUAUGAACGAAGCAAAGAAACUGAGCAUAGGAACUGGAAUAAAAGUCACUGGAAUGCGAAAAGGAAUGAGAAUAGUUGAAAACACUGAAGAGAUUGAAAAUACUUCCCUACAAAAGCAAGAAGAUGAAAAUGAUGAGGAGGCUGAAGAAGGGCUUUCCACAAAUCAAACCCCAACACCACCACCACCAAUGACUACAGCCGAUAUCUUAAUCACAACACCUGGGCUUCUCCUCAGCUCCUUGGCUACUAAAAAAACGGCUACGUAUCUUUCUCUACCGACUGUACGCACCCUAGUAUUGGAUGAAGCAGAUAUUCUCCUUGAUACACUAUUUCGCGACCAGACUCUUUUACUUUGGUCAGCUAUGACUUCUCCUUCCCUCCAAACUAUGCUCUGGUCAGCCACAAUCUCUUCUUCUAUUGAAGCCCUUGUCAUAUCAACCCUGAAUAAACGCCUCACCCGGCGCCCACUAAUUAGGAUUGUCAUAGGACUCAAAGACUCUGCCCUUCCAUCCAUCUCCCAGAAGCUAAUAUUUUGUGCUACUGAGCCGGGAAAGCUACUUGCAUUACGUGAUCUAAUUCAUAAUACUUCUUCGAAUUCAGCCAAGGACAUGCAAGCUCUCCGGCCUCCUUUAAUAAUAUUUGCUCAGACCAUCGCACGAGCAACAGCUCUCCAUGCUGAACUUCUAUACGAUAUGCCACUUCAAGCCGGUGGAUCAUCGCGCAUAGCUGUCUUACACUCACUGCUUUCAGACUCUAUACGCUCCGCCACUUUAGAUCGUUUCCGUAGCGGGGAAAUCUGGGUACUAAUUACUACUGACUUGCUCUCGCGAGGCGUUGAUUUUCGAGGUGUAAAUGCGGUUGUAAAUUACGACAUACCAAAUGAUGCGGCGGGAUAUAUCCAUCGUAUCGGACGUACUGGAAGGUGUGGUAGGGAAGGAGGUAUUGCAGUAACUCUCUACACACGUGAAGAUAUACCGUUCAUAAGGGGGGUUGUAAAUGUCAUUGAAGCUAGCAGAAAAGCUGCAGGAAACUCAGGAGUUAAUGAGACUGACCAGGGCGUAUCAUGGCUUCUAAAAGUUCUUCCAAAGAUAAGUAAAGAAGAUAAAAAGAAAGUAAAGCUGAGAGGCGUCGAAGCUAGACGAGGAGAUCUGAGUACAAAAGAAAAAGAGGGUGGUCAGAAGAUUAAGAAGUCAAGUAUGCGAAUCGGAACUAGAAGUGGUUUCGAACGCAAAAUCAGUAGUCGUAGAAAGGGUGCUAUAGAGGGUAGUAAGCGACGAGCUAACCAGAACGCAAAUAAUGUCGAGAAUGAGCAAAACUCUAACGCUAGAGUUUACGAGAGCGAGUGGAGCGGAUUAAAUGAAUGA